UCGCUGGAGUUUCUUUACUGUUUUAAUACCACAAUGCUGUCGUUGGUCCCAAAGCCUCGGAGUGAUAUAUCAGAACUGGCCGCUAAGAUAUCAGCUCGUAUCGCGGCGAAGGCGGGUCCCCCGGUCGUGGUUCGCAGUGUUGGCGAUUUCGUCGCUCUCCACAACACUGACGUUUUCAGAGGGCUCAGCGUCGGUUUCGUGCCUACGAUGGGUUCUCUCCACUCGGGCCAUAUGAAGCUCAUUGCUACUGCGAGGCCCAAUCAUGAUGUUCUUGUGGUAUCGAUAUUCGUCAACCCAGCGCAGUUCUCCCCUGAGGAGGACUAUGAACAGUAUCCCAGGGAUCUCGAGGGCGACCUCAAGAAGCUCGAAACCGAAUCAGCUGGUGUCGAUGUUGUCUUUGCGCCGGAGCCUGCUGAUAUGUAUCCGAAGAAUCCACGAGCGAUAGUGCCCAGCGUAACGGUCGAGCCUAAUUUCGUGAAUGGCCUUUCGGAAGCAGCAUGCAGGCCGACGUUCUUCCGCGGAGUGGCCACUGUUGUUAUGAAGUUGUUCAACAUAAUCAGACCCGAACGAGCAUAUUUCGGACAGAAGGACGCUAUGCAAGUCAGUGUUAUCAUUUCUAUGGUCAAGGACUUGAAUGUUCCAGUUGAACUCGAGGUGGUUCCGACAGCUCGGGAGGCGGACGGCCUAGCCUCCAGCAGCCGCAAUGUGUAUCUCACCCCGGCAAUGCGAGAGAAAGCCACCAUCUUAUACAAGUCACUGUGUGCUGCUUACGACAUGGUGAAGUCGGCGAGCAAGCCUGUGAAGGCAUCCGAGGUCGAAGAUGUGGUCAAAAGGACUCUCCUCGCUGAGCCCAUGGUCCUAGGGAUUGAGUAUAUUAGCGUGGCUUCUGUCGAGACUGCGCAGGAAGUGGAGACCAUCCAGUUCGGACCUGAGGCAGAGCCCGUGCUGGUCGCAAUUGCUGUGAAGUACGGCGGUGCCAAUCUACGCUUGAUCGAUAACAUGUGGAUGGACAACCAGAAGCACGCAUAGAUGCGCUGUUUCCGCAUUAUAAUGCAGUAUUCCUAACUUUACCAAGGAAGCAGAAAUGCUUGGCGAACAACUCCUACAAUGUUCUCGG